UUGCCAAUAAAAAACAAACUACCGUCUAACAAGUGAACACUAAGAUUUUCUCUCGAAGUUUUGACAGUACCGAAUGCGAUCGCUCAGGGAAAACUCCGUCCGAUAAUCGUUUAUUCUGGGAAUGAGUUAGAUUUGGUAUACGUAAUAGAGGUGAUCGGAUCAACACUCGCGUAGCGCGAUGAGCGGAUCAUAUCCUAUAAGUCGUACGAAUGCGUUCACCUGUUGGUUGUCGCGCAGCAUCACCCCGGCGUAAAAGUCGGUCGUAUGCGGGUCACGUCCGAUGACCCGCGGACACGAGUUUAGUACGCGAGAACGGGGUAAGACAAGAAAGAGCAUAUCGCCACCGCGCGAAGUCGUACAGAGCGAACCAUGAGCAAACGGAAAACUUUAGCGCCGUGCCCGUAGAACGGAGAGAGCCAAGCCAAGUCGAUCGACGCUUCGAGCGAUGCUUCGACGUGAGUUUUAUUAAAUCGGAGGCUCGGGGAAUUGUUCGAACGUUUGUCAAUUCCCCGAGUCUGCCAUGUGCCCGUUCUGCGGGAUUCGGAUACCGGUCGAAUAGCAGUGGGGUUUUCAGAAUCGACUCGCUCGCUAUUCGCUGCCCCGCAUAACGCACGAAUGCCUCGGCUCGGUAGUCAGUACGUGGUCAGCACUCGGUACGGAUCGUCCGUGGGAGCACGGCGGUAGUUUCGCCCGUGUGGAACGCGUCGACGGUCGAUCUCGAGGUUCGAGCACCUCGCACCAGUCCCCCAGCCUCCGCCCUCGACCGUAAUAAUCUCUUCAUUUUCGACCGUGUUGCUUCUACAUGCGCCAAGUCGAGUCGCGUCUACCCAUGUAGCGUGGAAAGGGUGAGGGUGGCGAAGGGUGGGUGAAGCCAACGAGUAGAUGCCGAGUCCCGAAGUCCCGAGUGUGCCCGACCAGUAGGCGGUAUUAUCGUUGUGGGUGGCGCCGCGACGUCGUUCCUAGGAGAGACCUGUCCGCGAAGAAGGCAGACCGAAAGAAGGCGAGGACGAGGUAAGGUAGGACCAGCCGUCCCCGGAGGAACCCGAAAAUUGCGCUAACAAUCGAAAUUCAGACGCGUCAGUUGUCACUCGGUCGACGGUUCACUUUCGUCGAUCCCGUGGGGAGGAUUCUCAAAGAUCUCUUCCGCGGUUAUAGGAUGCCAUCGAAGGGGAAUUGUCCCGAGAACAAAAAGAUAUCCUCUUGGCGAGUGGCGGCGCGUGAUGCGUUCAAUGUGUGGUAGAACGUACCACGGGCGGUAGUGCUGUCAGUGUUGUGAGAAAUUAAACGGGCGGUGGAGGAGGAGGAGGAGGAGGAGGAGGAGGGCAAGAGUUGUCCCCUUCUGGAGCAAGGCCGGUGUCCGGCAGCAUGAGCCUACGGUGCUGGGCUACAGCUGCUGUCACUUUUAUCCUUCCAUUAUUGUCAAUUCAUGUAAGCGGAUGCAAUGCCACCGCUGCUGCUGAUCACGGCGACGGUUCGACCUGGCCACAAAUUUCACUGGAUUCGUGCAACACGACCGCCGAUGGCAGGGAAUUCGUCUGUCGAGGGGCGGGUUUCAACAGCAUACGAGAAACCCUAGAAGGAAGAUUCCUCUCCGCCUCUGCGAACCUGACCAAAUUAGACUUGACGAACAACAAUAUCACGUACAUUCCAGCGUUUGCUUUCCAUCAGUUUUCUACUCUUGAGAUCUUGCUAUUCCGGCGAAAUCACUUGGUUUCAAUCAACGUUAGCGCGUUUGUAAAUUCAACAAAUUUAAAAAUCUUAGAACUCGAUGACAAUCUGCUGACGGAAAUACCGAGAGCUAUUGUGCAACUCCACAACCUCGAAGAUCUGUCCAUUACGAACAACAGAAUACAAAGGAUAGAAAGCGGACUGCUGCAGCACAUCAAAAGUCUGGUUUCCCUGGAUUUACGGGGAAACCCUAUCAAGGUGAUCCAUCCCGGUAGCUUCCAAGGACUCCAGAAACUCCGUAAAUUAAUUUUAUCGGAUGUGAGGGACCUGAAAGAGUUUCCGAACCUGAACGGAACUGGCUCCCUUGAAUUGCUCAGGCUGGAUCGUGCUCGGCUCAGGGAUGUUCCCAGCGGACUUUGUCUGACGUGCCCGAAGCUGAAGAGUUUAGAUCUGAAGUCCAAUCAUCUAACGAGGAUACCAAACUUGAAGGAAUGCAGUGAUCUUCGAGUUUUGGAUUUGACGAGUAAUAUGAUUUCUUCGUUAUCCGGCCAACCCUUCAAAAAUCUAUCCGCGUUGCACGACUUGCUUUUGUCGAACAACGAUCUGCGAUCGCUACCCGGGGAUGCAUUCGUCGGACUACUCCGACUUCAAGUUCUGGACUUGGAGAGUAACUAUAUCGAAUACAUACACCCGGAUACAUUCAAAGAAAAUAAACAUCUCGAAGAUUUAAACCUUGGAAACAAUGUUUUUCCCACCUUGCCAACCGCUGGACUCUCUAAAUUACUGCACUUGAAAACUUUUAACAAUCCUGCACUCAAGGAAUUUCCUGCUCCAGAAAUGUUUCCACGAGUUCAGACGAUGGUAUUGUCUUACGCUUACCACUGUUGCGCUUUUCUUACCAUAGAACUGGACGAGCCUUACACUCAAUCACCUGUACAGGAAUCUGUACUCUUUCCCACCGAUAAUAAAUUUGAUAUGAGUUUGUGGAAUUCCAGUCUCACGGAUAUCUGGCCUCAAUUACAUAACUUGAGCAACAAAUUUGGAACAGAAAUAAAUGAACUUUGGGAUAACUUUGGUUCAGAUUUCACAUACCCUGGCAACCUGCCCGCCUAUGUGGAGGAUUAUUUCGAGGAUCAAGAAGGGCGAAGCACCGCUCCAGGUCAUUUGGCGGCACCUCAUAUCCAAUGCUUGCCGCAGCCUGGACCGUUUUUACCCUGUCAAGAUUUAUUUGACUGGUGGACGUUGCGCUGUGGGGUUUGGAUCGUCUUUCUACUGGCCAUGCUUGGAAAUGGUACUGUGGUAUUUGUCCUUAUUUUUUCAAGGAGCAAAAUGGACGUCCCAAGAUUUUUGGUUUGCAAUUUGGCUGCAGCAGAUUUCUUCAUGGGAGUUUACUUGGGUUUAUUGGCAGUAAUCGAUGCCUCCACGCUCGGCGAGUUCAGAAUGUAUGCAAUUCGAUGGCAGAUGUCAGCUGGAUGUCAACUCGCGGGAUUUCUCGGCGUCCUUAGCUCAGAAUUGAGUGUAUAUACCCUUGCUGUGAUCACUUUGGAGAGAAAUUAUGCAAUCACGCAUGCGAUGCAUCUCAAUAAGCGGCUCUCCCUCAAACACGCUGGGUAUAUUAUGACCGUUGGAUGGGGAUUUGCUCUUUCAAUGGCGACUUUACCGCUACUCGGUGUAUCGGACUAUCGAAAAUUUGCGAUUUGCUUGCCUUUUGAAACUACGGGUACAGUCUCCUUGACAUACGUUGUCUUUCUAAUGAUGAUAAAUGGUGUGGCAUUUUUAAUUCUGAUGGGAUGUUAUCUGAAAAUGUACUGCGCUAUCCGUGGCUCGCAAGCCUGGAAUUCGAAUGAUUCGCGGAUUGCUAAACGCAUGGCUCUUUUGGUAUUUACAGACUUUUUGUGUUGGUCUCCGAUAGCAUUUUUUUCUCUUACCGCGACGUUUGGCCUGCAGUUGGUUUCUUUGGAACAAGCCAAAGUAUUCGCUGUCUUUGUUCUACCUUUAAAUUCUUGUUGCAAUCCCUUUCUCUACGCUAUACUAACUAAACAAUUUAAAAAAGAUUGCGUACUGAUUUGCAAAGCAAUCGAAGAAUCUCGCGUCACUAGGGGGAUCGGGAGAUGCCGUCACAGCUCAAAUUUUAGCAAUCGACAAACUCCGGCCAAUACUAAUAGUUUAGUGGAUAGAUCUUCGAGGGAAAACCAAACCCCGUGCGCCUGCAAUGCUCGACUACUCGAAGCGGGUCAAUGUAGAGGCAAUUGGUGGGGUACGAGAUGGUUAUUUCCAUGUACUCGCAAUCAGCGUCAAAGACAUACACGCAACGAUCAGUAUGCCUAUCAAAUUGCCGAAAUACAGCAGAAGCAGCACAAGCGUGCUUCAUCCGUGUCGUCUAGUGAAAAUUUCUCGUCCUCGCGCUCGGAUUCAUGGAGACAAACUCAUCAUUGCGGUAUACCCUUGCGGUUACUGGACCCCAAACGGCGAGCCUCCUCGUGGUUGAUAACCAGAAAGCCGUCUCAAGACUCGAAUCUCAGCUCCUCGCGCAAUGAUUCUUCCGGUUCGGCAACAACAGCCAGUACCAGUACAUGGCGAAUGUCUCGUUCAAGUGCAUCCCUAGAAGUAACCGCUCGCCCAACACCGAGGCCGGUGAGACCGAAACCACGAUUGACGCGUCAGCUCGCUGUGCAGGAGCCAGAACCACCCGGCUCUCCUGGGAGGUUGGCUGUUAGGCUCCUCGCUACAAUACCUUCGGCCGCAGAAAUGAGUGAGCAGCAGGACGAUGAAGGUGCCCUAGAUAAUUAAUAAUGCCUGCGAGGAAGAAGAGGAAAUAUAUUUAUACACUCACUUAAGUUAAUGAUUCUUAUAGAGCAGAUAAUUUCUCGUAUUGCAACGGGGUACUGCAAAUAAUUGACCGUGUGAAAAAAUAUCGUGCAAGUACGUGGUUAUUAAUGUGAUAAUUGAAAAGAGGCCAUGACACUGAAUCCACCUCCGUUGCUCAGUGAAUGAUGGAUUGUUGAUAUUAUAUUAUCUGUUACUUGAUCGCUUCAUUUUUUAAUAGUUGUGUAGAGUGGUAAUGGUUGCCACUGCUAACGUUCAGAUUAGUAGAUUUUCUGAAUUAUAAGACUGACAAGAUACAUUUUGUACAAUCCAAUGCAUAAAUAUAAAACAUAUAUAUGUUUCAAUAUUGCAAUUUAAACGCUUAGCUCUCGAAAUGUUAUGGCAAUUUGUGCCCAGAUUGGGUUUGUUAUUAUUAACGUCGUAAGUUAUGAUUGGAGGUGGAUUUGUUGAUAGUUUUUGCUGAUUGUAAAAACAAAAGUUGUGUUGCAUCAAUUGCCUGAGACUAAACAAAUUUUAAGAUGCAACACACAGGUUUUAUUACAUUCAUUCGUGCGAGUAUACCGAUCCUCGUGAAUUUAAUCAGUACCGGCGAAUGUCUAGUAUCGUGUAGGGAGUGUGUAGAAAAUUUUACAUUUCUUUCUAAUAAUUUCAUUAUUCCAUCAAAUCUUUAAUUUAUUCGAUCGAAAUGUUUCUCUAUUUAUUGUUGUUAUGAAUUAUUUAUUAACUAGCAUUAUCGUCAGAUUUAUCAUUACCAUUACUAUUAUUAUUUAUACCAGAGUAAUAUAUUUCGUGAAAAUACGAAUUUAACAACAAUAUGAUAACUACCUAUAUGUAGUAUUAAUUGGUGUAGAUACUUCAAUUUGAUAGUGAUGCAAAUCUAAAUCUAAAUCUGUAACCACCAUACUCAUCGUAAAUGCCAACUGAAGAAAAUCAUAUUUACAUGCAAAAUUAAUUAAGUGAAGUGAUUAUGAACUAAUUGUAUGGGAAACUGUCAUCUGCUCAGAAAUACAUGAUGUCAAUAGCUCAGAAGAAAAUGGACAGCGAGUGGCUCUGUCACUGUUCUACCUUAUUGUUAAAGCUUUACUAUUGUGUCAUCAUACGGAUUUUUGAUAAAGUAGAAUAUGUACGUUUCAAUGUCGAUAGCAACUAUUGAAUCUAUAAUUCCAUGUUACAACAGCUGCAUUUUUAAGAUUGUAUGUUUACAAGACUAGGUCAUUCAUAAACGAGCUGAACAUGUAGUCUAACAAAAUUCAUCAUUUCACAAUUCCAAAAACUAAUUAUUACAAUAAUAUCAUCGGUUAUCACCUUAUAAUACUCUUGAGUGUGUGAAAUUAUCGUUUGAAUAGGUGAACGUAUGCAUGUUAUUGAUUCGUGAUUUUAUCAGUAAUCAUAAAGCACCAGUCACCCAGAGUAAUAAAUAACAAGUUUGAUAGAAUGGCAAAAUCACAUCAAAUUGCACAGAAUAAAUUUUGGAUGGUAUUGUGAAGACAACACAGCUGUGACAUGGUUCAACGUGACUGAUUCAAGGGUUUUCUUAUUGUACUUGGCUCCUACAUUUACCUGUACCCUUUUCAUUCUCAUUCUCGUACAAUAAUAUUGUAAAAUUAUGACACGCAACAAUUAAAUUAUUACAGCUCUCUAA